AUGGACAAGAAGCGGGAGGGGGAUGAAGGUGGCCCGAGUACUACGGGAUCCCAAUCAAGUAAGGUGUUGGUAACUGAGAAUACUGCGGAUGAAAGUGUGAGCAAAGAAACAGAGAGGGAGCCACAGAAGACAUCUGAUGAGAACGAUAUGAUAUUGGACGAGAUAGAUGAGAGCGAGAGGAGUGAAAGCGCAGCAGGUAGUGAGACAACAGAGGGCGCUGAUGACAAUAGUCAGGCAAAAUCAAAAGGCAGACUACCGAUGGCGCUAACAUGGAGCAGGCAUAGAGCGAAUAGUUUAGGUGAAAUAGGAGACAUUAGAAACUGGGCGCGAAACGAUCAACCCAAAAGAAAAGGGACAGGUGUAGAUGACAGAGAAAGCAAAGUUAGGCUUGUCACGAGCAGAACAGAGAAGAAAAGAGAAAGCUUAGAGAAUGUAAUGGAAAUGGGAUUCAAAAGAAUCAUGGAUAGGUUUGACGAGGAGAAGAGUGAGAGGAAGAAACAUUACAAAGAGAUAAAAACAGAAUUCAGUAAGCUAGAGAAAAGAAAUAAAGAACUGGAAGAAAAGGUUGGUAAGAUAGAUGUAGAGAUGAAAGCUAGUUGCAAUGCCAGCAAUAUCAAAUAG